UCGUUCCCAAUGUCCAAACCCUAAUCAAUCUUCUUCAUCUUCAGUUCAGUGAAUCACUUAUUUUUUCCCUGAAACUAUGGCAAACCCUAAGGUCUUCUUUGACAUGACCAUCGGCGGCCAACCUGCCGGCCGUAUCGUCAUGGAACUCUUCGCCGAUACCACCCCGAGAACCGCCGAGAACUUCCGCGCCCUCUGCACCGGCGAGAAGGGAGUUGGCCGCAGCGGCAAACCCCUCCACUACAAGGGAUCCGCCUUCCACCGUGUGAUCCCCAACUUCAUGUGCCAGGGAGGUGACUUCACCGCCGGAAACGGCACCGGCGGAGAGUCGAUCUACGGCGCAAAGUUCGCCGACGAGAACUUCAUCAAGAAGCACACCGGUCCCGGCGUGCUGUCGAUGGCGAAUGCUGGCCCCGGAACCAACGGAUCUCAGUUCUUCGUCUGCACAGCCAAGACGGAGUGGCUGGACGGGAAGCACGUGGUGUUCGGCCAGGUGGUUGAGGGACUUAACGUUGUGAAGGAGAUCGAGAAGGUUGGAUCCAGUUCCGGCAAGACCUCAAGGCCGGUGGUGGUUGCUGAUUGCGGUCAACUCUCUUAGAUGAUGUUGACCGUUAUGGAUCUAUGUGGUGGCUCUGAAUCUGAUCUAGACCCUUGGUGUCUUCUAUCCGGUGUCGUUUUUUCGUCUUUCUCUUUCUGCGUUUACUGGUCGUCUUUUAGGGUUAGCGAUUGUGUGGUGAUGGUGCUUUCUCUUGAUCUUUUUUAAUAUCAGUAUGUGGUUCAUAAAGUGGAGUCUUGUGAUGAUAAACAUAAAAAUGAUGAGCUACCUUAAAUAAAGUUAGGAUUAUUCUCAUAAUAAUAUUUCUAUCUUUGAUCUGCAAAUUUAUCCAUGUUUAGAUGAUAAAGCUUGUUUUGAGUUUUAUUUUAGAUAUAAAAAAAAAAGGUUGAUUAGUAACGA